GAUUGCGUUGCUCGUGACAGGACGAUUCCGGAUUUACUAGCGGCAAAGUGCACUGUGGUGUAUUAGCAGUGCAAAAAAGAUUCAAUAAAAUGGUGUGAGUGUGAGAUGUAUUACCAAAAGCUGUGCAGGGGGGGCAUUUUUAACUUUGUAAAAUUGCAAAAAUUUAUAAAAUCUAGUCAAUUUUCGGUAGUGUGUGUAAGAAAAGUUUACUAAAAAAGUCGGAAAAAGUGUUUUCCAAGAAGAAAAUCGGCAUUUGAAAAUUUGGGAGCAACGCAAGCUAAUGCAAGUGGUUUUCGCUUAUAGCCAAUUUUAAAUUUUUUGUGUGUGUACCUAGAAUAAGGCCGAAAGAAAACUUCAGUACGACACCAGUGCGUGUAUGUGUGCGUGUGUACGAGAGGAAGUACAUACAUAUGGAUUGGUGGGUGCAUAUUUUACAAUGAAUGUAUACCAGUAUUAGUGUACUAAAGAGUAAAAAAUGCUAUUCUAAGCCUAAGAAAUAAAUGGCAAUGCUAAAAAAUUAUAAAUUAUUUAUUUGCAGUGAAAGUGUUUUGGUAACUUGAAAUUGUGCCGUUUUAUUAAACAAAAGGAAUUAAUAUACAGUUCACACAGGCAAACGUUCAUCGCAAAAGUGGUUUUUUGAUACACACACAACACACUCCUAGUGGAUUAAAACUCAAAAUCAAUAAUUCGUUUUAGGCACCUGAAUGAGGAUAUGUGUAAAACUAAAAGGAUAAUUGUGACAAAAAUGUGUUAAUUGUAAACAAGGAAGGAAGGGGAGAAGUUUGUAUUCGUCAUAAUUAAACCCCCACAAUUAGUGCAGCCCAAGGUGUAGAUUUCUGUAAAAUACCUCGAAAACUUCGGACAAGUGUAAAGAAGAGUAAUACGCUUGCCACAAUGGCGGCGCGUUGCUUACUCGUGCAACGGCGGGGGUAUCCGCUACAUAACAGUGAGGUGCGCGAUUCUGUUAAGUUUUCUUCAAAAAACCCGCGUAUUUUUUCAAAUCGUUCGUUUAGUGUCGCGUCGCGUCUCCUCCUUACGUCGCGUUCGUUGUCACUCGCAUUUAUGUUCACCAUCGCUAUCUGCGGAUCGCUCACCGAAAUUCAUGGUGCGCAGGCGCUUAUGAGCACCACUUCCACGUCUAAUGACGGAGUUGGUACAACUAAAAUAGUCGGAAUUUCAGUGGCUAAUGCUGCCCGCAUGUUAGCUGGUAGUGGCGGAUCUGCUGGCAAAGAAUACUCGCUUGUGCUACCACACGAUACCUACCCGGGUUUUAGUAUUAAGAAAUUCAAAACGGUGCCCGUGAAUGAGUCAGCCAAAUGGGAUACAAAGUCCUCAUCGCCAUCACCAACGGCUGUAGGUGCUUACCAUAUGCUUGCGGGAGAUUACUCCAAAUAUUUUACUGUGCUCGACGACGGCGUCGUGAUGACCACAUCCGAUAUCUCACCACUAGUAAAUCGCCCGGUGAAUCUUGUUGUGGUCGAAGAGACACCCAAUGCCACUAAUACGCACAAUUUGCAGUUAUUUGUGAUUCACCGCAGUGACAUGUUGCGCUUUCCUGGCUCAAUGCUUGACGCUAGCGGUGAGGUGCGUGAGAAUCGGCCCGCUGGCACCCGUGUACGAGGAAUCCCGCUGAUGCAAGCUUUGGGUGGUGAUGCGGCGCUGGAAAGUAAUGGUGGCGCUGCGAAGAAGAUUCGUUACACCAUCAUCGAUGGCAAUGAUGAUCAGGCUUUCGCUUUACAGGCACGUAAAUCUGAUACGAAUAGUGAGAUGAGCGUAUACUCCAUUCUAGUAGAUUGCGACGGAGAUACUGGUGUGUGGCUAGUCAUAAAUCGGCCAUUGGAUCGUGAAACAAAGGCCCACUAUGAUCUUUCAGUGCAAGCCUCAGACAUUGAUGAACUCGAUAAGACCGUCUCGAAGAUACAGGUGACUGUAAUGGAUGAAAAUGAUAACCGUCCCAUAUUUAAAUCAAGUGAAUACAAAUUCGCCAUUGCCGGCCAAAAGGAUACUGGGCUAGGAGGCAACAGCACGACUAUGUGGAAACGCUUCUCCAUACUAGGUAAGGUAGAAGCCACCGAUGCUGAUGGCGACAAGAUUGCCUACCGACUGACUGCACCCAGCAAUAUUGUCAUCAUUGUGCCGCAAACCGGUGAAAUUAUGUUGGCCGAUCAACCUCGAACUUCUGAGUUGCUGAUCGAGGUAGAAGCUCAUGAUUUACGCUAUCCUUCUUUGGUAAGCAAGCAGCCAGCCAAAGUAUUGCUUGAGUUCCUAGCUCCCGAGCCGGUUUCCUUUAUAAUGCAACACUUUGAGCACGAUGCUGUCAAUGAGCACUCACAUCACCGCGAAAAGCGUCGGGUAACGCGCGCGGUACGCCCGACAAAACGUAUCGAGUUCACCGAGGCAGAUGGCGAUACCGAAGGUAAAUCUGUCUUCCAACUGGAAAAGGAGACCGAUAAGGAAACCUUUAAAAUACGUGACGACAAUCCUUGGGUGACAGUCGAAACAAAUGGUGCGGUGCGUGUGAAAAAGAAGUGGGACUAUGAAGAAUUAGGACCGGAGAAGACAAUCGAUUUUUGGGUCAUCAUAACAAAUACUGGACAACACGCUGACCUCAAGUACACUGACAAUCAACGCGUUAUCAUCCAUGUGAAGGAUGUCAACGAUGAACCGCCCUAUUUCAUUAAUCGCCCAUUGCCUAUGCAAGCGGUAGUACAACUAAAUGCUCCACCCAAUACACCCGUAUUCACAUUGCAGGCGCGGGAUCCCGAUACCGAUCAUAAUAUACAUUAUUUUAUAGUACGAGAUCGUACUGGUGGUCGCUUCGAGGUGGAUGAACGUUCUGGUGUAGUACGUACACGUGGCACUGAUCUCUUUCAAUUGGAUAUGGAGUAUGUCUUAUAUGUCAAAGCUGAGGAUCAAAACGGCAAAGUUGAUGAUCGUCGCUUCCAGAGCACACCCGAGGAACGGCUAUCCAUUGUGGGUGGCAAGCGCGCUCCUCAGUUUUAUAUGCCCAGCUACGAGGCGGAAAUACCGGAGAAUCAGAAAAAAGAUUCAGACAUCAUCUCGGUGAAGGCGAAAUCGUUUGCAGAUCGUGAGAUACGCUAUACAUUGAAGGCACAAGGACAAGGGGCUGGUACAUUCAACAUUGGGCCGUCGUCGGGUAUCGUCAAGUUGGCGAAAGAAUUGGAUUUCGAAGAUUUGCGACAGCCGCAUGUCUACUCGUUGAUAGUUACUGCCACCGAAGACUCGGGUGGCUUCUCCACAUCCGUUGAGCUCACCAUCCGUGUCACUGACGUCAACGACAAUGCACCUAAAUUCGAGCUGCCUGAUUAUCAAGCGCACAAUGUUGACGAAGACAUUCCACUCGGCACGAGCAUCCUGCGCGUCAAAGCAAUGGAUUCUGAUUCUGGAGCAAAUGCUGAAAUUGAAUAUCUCGUUUCUGACGAUCACUUUGCUGUCGACUCAAAUGGCAUAAUAGUCAAUAAUAAACAACUCGACGCCGAUAACAACAAUGCCUACUACGAAUUCAUUGUGACAGCUAAAGAUAAAGGUGAACCGUCUAAAUCCGGUACAGCGACAGUACGCGUCUACACAAAAAAUAAAAAUGACGAAGAGCCCAAGUUUUCACAACAGGUCUAUACACCGAAUGUGGAUGAAAAUGCUGGACCAAAUACGCUCGUCACAACUGUUGUGGCUUCCGAUAAAGAUGGCGAUAAUGUGCGGUUCGGUUUUGUUGGAGGAGGCACCUCCUCUGGACAGUUCGUUAUAGAGGAUAUAACGGGUGUGAUACGAUUGCACAACAAAGCCAUUUCACUAGACCGUGACAAGUAUGAGUUAAAUGUGACUGCCAUGGAUGAUGGCUCGUGCUGUGUUAAUGGUGAUCACACCAUACACACUUCAACUGCAGUCGUUGUAGUCUUCAUCACCGAUGUAAAUGACAACAAGCCGGUGUUUAAAGAUUGCGGGACUUAUUACCCCAAAGUGGAAGAGGGUGCACCCAACGGGAGUCCGGUGAUAAAAGUGGUUGCCACUGAUGAGGAUAAGGGUGUCAAUGGUCAGGUCAAAUACUCAAUCGUUCAACAGCCAAAUCAGAAAGGCACCAAAUUCACCGUUGACGAAGAGACCGGCGAGGUGUCCACCAACAAAGUGUUCGAUCGCGAAGGUGACGAUGGUAAAUUCGUUUCGGUCACCGUUAAAGCGACUGACCAAGGUGAACCUAGCUUGGAAGGCGUGUGUUCUUUUACAGUAGAAAUUACAGAUGUCAACGACAAUCCACCACUCUUUGAUCGACAAAAAUAUGUCGAAAAUGUGAAGCAAGACGCCAGCAUCGGCACAAACAUACUGCGCGUCUCCGCCUCCGAUGAGGAUGCCGACAAUAACGGAGCCAUUGUGUACAGCUUGAGCGCCCCCUUCAAUCCCAACGAUUUGGAGUAUUUCGAUAUACAGGCUGAGUCGGGUUGGAUAGUGUUAAAGAAGCCGCUUGACCGCGACCGCUAUCGUUUGCGGGUGCGCGCCUCGGAUCGUGGUGAGCCACCAUCCUAUGCCGAUGUCGAUGUUGAGUUAGACGUAGUUGACCGCAAUAACAAGCCGCCAAUAUGGGAUAAGAGCAUUUAUGGGCCAAUACAUAUACGCGAAAAUGUCACUGUGGGUACGGUUGUAACAUCGGUGAAGGCAAGUUCGGGUAUCGAAGGAAAUCCGACUGUUUUUUACCGACUAAUGCCUGGGUCCACCGCACAAACCAACAAGUUUCAUACGUUUUACUUACAACAAAGACCGGAUAAUGGGGAUACAUGGGCCGAUAUAAAGGUGAAUCAUCCGUUGGAUUACGAGAGCAUAAAGGAAUACAAUCUGACGAUACGUGUAGAGAACAACGGCGCCCAACAAUUGGCAUCUGAGGCUACUGUUUACAUUAUGCUCGAAGAUGUAAACGAUGAGAUACCAUUGUUUACCGAACGUGAACAGGAGACUGUGCUGGAAGGUGAACCCAUUGGCACGAAAGUGACGCAAGUGAAUGCCAUCGACAAGGAUGGCACAUUUCCAAACAAUCAGGUCUACUACUACAUCGUUGAUUCACCGCGCAAUGAAGGCAAAGAGUUUUUUGAAAUUAAUUUGCAAAGUGGAGAGAUCUUUACCAAAACCGUAUUCGACAGAGAGAAGAAAGGAGCUUAUGCACUAGAAGUGGAAGCGCGGGAUGGCGCGCCAUCAGCAAGGCCGAACAGUAAUGGACAACCAAAUUCAGGUUAGUAACAAUGUACUAGUUACUUACCUAUAA